AUCAAAUUGGAUUGUUUUGUUGAUGAGUCACUAAUCUGGGUUGGCUGGUGCUGGUUGUUUCACAAGUAAACGUGUAUGAAUGAAUUUUCUGUACUAAUCAUAAUCCUCAGACGGCAGUAAGUGUAACGUUGGCUAUGCCAGAAUCAUAGAGCUAUAGCAUACUAAACAUAACAUGUAUGUGGCUGACAACACGCACCCACAUCCAGCAACACGUUAUGUGUUACACGUAAUAAGCCAGCAACUGCACUGUUAAAAAUAUACUUUCUCAUCACCUGUUCCAUUAGUUCCAGAAGUUCGAGUGAGGAAAGUUUAAUAAAAUAUAUAAUAUUGCUUUCAAAAUAUAUAUUCAGACUUCAAAAACACUGAUAUUCUUUGCAAAAGUUUUCUUUCUCAAAUUGUGCAAAAAUUGUAAAAUUAUUGACAAGCAAAACACGGCUAGUAAUAUUUUAACUCAACUUUACACAACUCCAAACGAGAGAAACCCAUUGUUUUGCUGAUGCUAUAAAGUAUUCAGGUUGUGAUUCUCUCCCAACGUGAAGUGGAAGGAAGUGACUGAGACUGAAUAAACCGAUUUGCAAGCCCAGAAAUAAACAGUGCAAUGGCAUAUAACAAUCAGCAGAAUGCAUAUGGUGCGUUUGGACAAGGAGGUUAUCCAAACCCUCCCCAUGGUGGAUACCCUCAACAACAAGGGUUUCCCCAGCAAGGAUAUCCACAACAACAAGGUUUCCCUCAGCAAGGAUAUCCACAACAAGGGUACCCUCAACAAGGAUUUCCAGGAGGGGGGUACCCUGGUCAAGGUCCCUACCCCAUGCCACCAACAGCCGGAUUUCGAAUGCCUACUGAUCCAGAGAUGAACAAACCCGGGGAAGGUUUCGAAGGGUUUGAAUUCAGCGACAGAACCAUACGAAUGGCUUUCAUUCGAAAAGUGUACAGUAUUUUGAUGGUUCAACUACUCAUUACGUUCGGAUUUGUCGCUCUAUUCGUCUGGCAUGAACCUCUCAAAUUAUGGACCCGGCAGAACCCAGGAGUGUUCUAUGGUGCCUUAGGAGUCACCUUUGUGACCAUGAUCGCUAUGGCAUGUUGUGAGGGAGUGCGAAAGAAGUUUCCAGGAAACUUCAUCUGUCUGGCCGUAUUCACUGUAGCAGAAGGAUUUGUUCUUGGAACAGCAGCCAGCACCUUCAAAGCUGAUGCUGUACUGCUUGCCGUCGGAAUCACAACUGUAAUUGUCCUUUCUCUGACUGCGUUCUCGUUUCAGACAAAGUGGGAUUUUACUGGAAUGGGAGCUGGACUCUUUGUGGUGACAAUCGUCUUCAUGAUCUUUGGAUUCCUGGCAAUAUUUCUGAGGGGCACCUUCCCUAUUCUCAAUAUGGUGUAUGCAUGCAUCGGUGCUCUGCUCUUCUCCGUGUACUUGGUCUAUGACACACAACUCAUGAUCGGAGGCAAACAUAAAUGCUCAAUCAGUCCGGAAGAAUACAUUUUUGCCGCUCUCAAUAUCUAUAUGGAUAUUAUCAACAUCUUCAUUUACAUUCUAUCGAUCAUUGGAAAUUCCAGUGAUUAAACUUACAGUUUUCUAUCAUAUGCAUGUCGCAAUUACUUGUCCAGUUCACAUUUCCAGAUCUAAAAUUAAUGUCUACAUCUCACAUGUAUUCCUGUCCUUCAAUAUUUACCAUCCGUAAAUGCAGCCAAUUUUAAUUAAUUAAUAUACCGACAUUAUAAAGUAACCAGUCAAGUAUUCCUUACUAUAUUUCUUAUUAACCUCAUUGCACUGCUUAAUUUCAGAAGCUGGAAUGAACUGAUAAAAUCACAUUCAGCCAUCAAUUUUUUUAUAAUUUCUAUACCUUGUUAUAGCUAUUUUUAAAAGGUAUUUGUUUCUCAGAAGUUACCGGUUUACGUAGAAAUAUAUGCAAGUAGUUAGAUAGCUAAGUUAUUAUAUAAAGUCUUGAGGAUGAUGAACACGGAUAAAUGAACUUAGUUUUACUGAUAAUCCUACAUACAAAUAGAUAGAUGCCAUUGUAAAGAGUAGUAGCUGAUAUAUGUAUGUUCCGUUGUACCAAUAAAAACGACAUAAUGUAGCUCCAA